AUGCAGGUACUUGAGUUCUACGGGGAAUCCGAAGAAUUCAAAUUUAAAAUUUCCCCAGGAAAAUAUUUAGACAGUUUUCACAGUAUACAUAUACGCGAUGUGGCGUUCCCAAUUGGUCUUUGUAUGAAUUGAGGUCAAGGGUUUAUCAACAACUAAACACCUCACUGUAACACCAAUGCCCUUGUCUUUGACUUGUUUCACAAUAUGCAAUAGAUUCCGUAGUGCAGUGACCAGCGCAUGACAUGCAUCAUAUUUUAUCAAUGCGGUAUUACUGUUUGUGACGAUUAGUUUUUGCUCUUGCCUGGCCUAUAUGGCCACAUAAGUCUUAAAAUUAGAAAAAAGGUCUUCCAGGCGGGGGGAGGGGAGAGGAAAGCAGUGUACUCCAUUAGAAAUUUUCCCUUUCUUCCCCUGUUCCCUAGAGAGAAAUCAUCACGCUCUAGCUCUUGUUAACUCACAUGCAGCGAGGUAGAAUAUGUGUUGACCGUGGAAGUUGCCGGCGUAAAGGAGGGGACAAAUUUUUUUUGAAACAUUUAAUUAAAAAUCAAGAUUUUGUUGGCAUCUCACUCGAUUGGAAUAAUAGUUGAAGGGUCUUGUAGAUGGAAAUUAUUGAGUGAAAUUUAUAUACAUUUAUUAGACCUAACCAGGAACAGUUGCGAAAAAUACAACUUUACGUCCCUGGCAGAAAUCGAACAUGCGGCCCUGUGGUUCCGAUGCAGCGCUCUAACCAACUGACCUAUACAGAGGCCAGCUGACGAGCUCCAACCACACUUUCAUGCAUAAUGACUGCCAUGUUUAGGUUAUGCAUGGGUAUAAAUAUCGAGAUCUUGUUGGCAUCUCACUCGAUUCAAUUGAGGUUAGGUCUAAUAAAUGUAUACAAAUUUCCACUCCAUAAUUUCCAUCUACAAAACCCUUCAACAACAUAUAAACAAUGUUGUUGCUCCAGAUCAUGUUUAUACUAUAGAUUUAGCUAAAUUAUACACUAUAUGACACAUUCAAUUCCAGUUUUCUUUAAAAUUUCGGUAUCUUACUUUGUCCUUUCUUUAUUUUUCAGAGACCAACACUUCCACAUCUUCAGGUAACUAUUUAGACUUUUGGUGCUAAAUUUAUAUUUAAUGGUUCAAACAUGCAGUUUUACAAGUACUAGUUGUGUGUAUAUAUUCAAAUUUGUAUAGGUAAUCGCAUGGGGACGAAUAAAAUUAAGGUUUAAUUUCAAGCGCGUUUUCAAACAGAGUCGCGAAACGACGAGGGAAAUUUGUAAAAAUUAAAAACACAAGUAAAAUUAAACCUUAAUUUUACGAGGAACUAUGCGAUUACUUGUUAAUCACACUUGUUAAUCAAUCGUAAGUUAAUUGUGAACUUCGGUCAAGACUCAAGUUCUUGAAUCUCGUAUAUGUCUCCAUAUUGUUUUCGCCGAUGUUUCUUAAUGCUACCCUGCCUGUCCAUUUCUUAAAUACUCCAACCAAUAAAUUUGUACUUUUUCUAGUGUUCAAGUUUUCACUAUAGAAGUUUUUAAUUCUUCAAUAACAUCAUUAUCCGCGACGACAAAGCGAGAAGCCAUUGUUUUUAUUGCCAUUUAAUUAAAACAAGAAAUUUCCCGCGCUUGCGUCUCAGCCAAUCACGUACAAGUAAUUUUGCCCUGAAUUAAGAAAAAAUGCCCUCCUCAUUAGCCAAUCAUAUUUGAGUAAUUUUGCCCUUUAUAUGAUAAUAUUUGAAAUUAUUUAUGGUGUAAACUUAAUUUGCCCCUUAACUUAAUUUUUCAGAGACCAUUAUUUCUCCUUCCCCUUCUUCUUUCCCUUCCUCUUCCACCACCUCAGGUAACUAUUUAAACUUUUACUGGUUUACUCUAAUUGUGUAUAUAGAUUCAAAUAUUCUUUGAAAUUGCUUAUGGUGUAUCUUAACUUGUCCUUUAACUCUCAUUUUCAGAGACCAUCAUUUCUCCUUCUCCUUCCUCUUCCACCACGUCAGGUAACUAUUUAAAAUUUUACUGGUUUACUUUAGUUGUGUAUGUAGAUUCAAAUAUUCUUUGAAAUUGCUUAUGGUGUAUUAUAACUUGUCCUUUAACUCUAUUUUUCAGAGAUGAUCAUUUCUCCUUCUCCUUCCCCUUUCCCUCCCUCUUCCACCACCUCAGGUAACUAUUUAAACUUUUACUGGUUUACGCUAGUUGUGUAUAUAGAUUCAAAUAUUCUUUGAAAUUGCUUAUGGUGUAUUAUAACUUGUCCUUUAACUCUAUUUUUCAGAGACCAUCAUUUCUCCUUCUCCUUCCCCUUUCCCUCCCUCUUCCACCACCUCAGGUAACUAUUUAAACUUUUACUGGUUUACUCUAAUUGUGUAUAUAGAUUCAAAUAUUCUUUGAAAUUGCUUAUGGUGUAUCUUAAUUCGUCCUUUAACUCUAUUUUCAGAGACCAUCAUUUCUCCUUCCGCUUCCUCUUCCACCACCUCAGGUAACUAUUUAAAAUUUUACUGGUUUACUUUAGUUGUGUAUAUAGAUUCAAAUAUUCUUUGAAAUUGCUUAUGGUGUAUUAUAACUUGUCCUUUAACUCUAUUUUUCAGAGAUGAUCAUUUCUCCUUCUCCUUCUCCUUCCGCUUCCUCUUCCACCACCUCAGGUAACUAUUUAAAAUUUUACUGGUUUACUUUAGUUGUGUAUAUAGAUUCAAAUAUUCUUUGAAAUUGCUUAUGGUGUAUUAUAACUUGUCCUUUAACUCUAUUUUUCAGAGACCAUCAUUUUUCCUUCUCCUUCCCCUUUCCCUCCCUCUUCCACCACCUCAGGUAACUAUUUAAACUUUUACUGGUUUACUCUAAUUGUGUAUAUAGAUUCAAAUAUUCUUUGAAAUUGCUUAUGGUGUAUCUUAAUUCGUCCUUUAACUCUAUUUUCAGAGACCAUCAUUUCUCCUUCCGCUUCCUCUUCCACCACGUCAGGUAACUAUUUAAAAUUUUACUGGUUUACUUUAGUUGUGUAUAUAGAUUCAAAUAUUCUUUGAAAUUGCUUAUGGUGUAUCUUAAUUCGUCCUUUAACUCUAUUUUCAGAGACCAUCAUUUCUCCUUCCGCUUCCUCUUCCACCACCUCAGGUAACUAUUUAAACUUUUACUGGCUUAAUCUAGUUGUGUAUAUAGAUUCAAAUAUUCUUUGAAAUUGCUUAUGGUGUAUUAUAACUUGUCCUUUAACUCUAUUUUUCAGAGAUGAUCAUUUCUCCUUCUCCUUCCCCUUUCCCUCCCUCUUCCACCACCUCAGGUAACUAUUUAAACUUUUACUGGUUUACUCUAGUUGUGUAUAUAGAUUCAAAUAUUCUUUGAAAUUGCUUAUGGUGUAUCUUAACUUGUCCUUUAACUCUAUUUUUUAGAGACUAUCAUUUCUCCUUCUCCUUUCCCUCCCUCUUCCACCAAAUCAGGUAACUAUUUAAAUUUUUACUGGUUUACUCUAGUUGUGUAUAUAGAUUCAAAUAUUCUUUGAAAUUGCUUAUGGUGUAUUAUAACUUGUCCUUUAACUCUAUUUUUCAGAGAUGAUCAUUUCUCCUUCUCCUUCCCCUUUCCCUCCCUCUUCCACCACCUCAGGUAACUAUUUAAACUUUUACUGGUUUACUCUAGUUGUGUAUAUAGAUUCAAAUAUUCUUUGAAAUUGCUUAUGGUGUAUCUUAACUUGUCCUUUAACUCUCAUUUUCAGAGACCAUCAUUUCUCCUUCUCCUUCCUCUUCCACCACCUCAG